AUGAUAACCAUUCGCGGCUUCACGUCGUACACAAACUUUAAACACAAACUUUUUUAUCUCGUGCGUACUGGCUCGUGCGUACUCGCAUUGACCAGCGUUCUCAUCUAUUACCACUAUAUUUUGCAUCCCAGUGCAACACAUGUGGCGGAACGGCAUUACAAAUUGGAACGAUAUUUUGCGGAUUGUACGGGUCGUAGUCAAUUGAGCGCAAAGAUGGGUAGUAGUAGUGAACUUGAUGAAUUAUCAUCCGGAGAUGAAAUGUGCAACAGAGCAGUAAUAUCUGUAUCGGCUGUUGAAGCUGCUAUAAAUAGUGCUAUUCGUCAGCAUCAAACACUUAAGACGGGUCAAUCAAACAUUGAUACUCGAGUGCCUUUAAUAAAAGAACAGUUAGGAAUUCGCGCAAACAACUUAACCGGUGGAUUGUGCAAGGAUGUUCAAUGGAUUGGUGAGCCUACCUUUCAUCCGUUGGCGGUCAUUUGGGGUCGUAAGGGACCAUUUGUUAUUUCAAAGGAAGUCGUGAUUGUAGGCCGGGAUUCUGCAAAUUCGAUUGCAGACUUUGUUGUGCAGGAAGGCAACUACGUAAGCAGAUGUCACUUCAUUCUGUUUUAUAACGGUCAACCGAAUAAGUGGAACAUCAAAGUGAAUGGGAAAAACGGUGUAUUCGUUAAUGAAAUUAUGUAUGCACAAUCUGAACAGGCUGAAAGCAUUCCGAUUAGCUGUAUUUUUCGUUUUCCUUCCACACGAAUUUCUAUGCUGUUUUGUGGUAUGGAACCACUGCCUGCAACGGGGAAUACGAUUUUUUCUAUUGUGAGGAUGACAGGAAAUGAAAUAGAUUCAGCAAUCUCUUUAGCGGAUUCAGAAAAGACAUUUCAUUUGUCCGACAAAUCCCAUGAGGAAGAAAACACAAGCACAUUGACAACUGAACACAGUGAACCGAUCCAAAUACCACCGCACGGUUCUGCAGGAGCAAAUGUCAACACUGGAUCACCGUCAUCAAUUUCGACGUCAGAUUCUGAUCAAAACUACAGAGAAGAUUGUGAAGCUUCGAAUGAAAAACCACCAUAUUCGUACGCGCAAUUGAUCGUUCAAGCUAUUCUGAGUUCACCAGAUCAGCAGAUGACUUUGUCAGGUAUUUAUAACUACAUCACAAGCCGUUAUCCAUGGUAUCGUUCUGCCGAUAAGAGCUGGCAAAAUUCGAUCCUCCAUAAUCUUGCACUGAAUCGAUAUUUCGUGAAGGUCGCACGCUCUCAAGAAGAACCUGGUAAAGGUUCGUUUUGGAGAAUGGAAUCAUCUUCCGUUCCACGUAGCGUCGAAUUGGCUCAUAAGAAAAGAAAGCCAAAAUUGUUGAUUGGUAACAUAGUUUCGAGUUUUGUGAUAGACAACAAUCCAGAAUCUGUUGAGGACACUAUGGUCGCUAUAGAAACGAGAAAAGUUUUAGCAUUUGAAGUAGAAGAGGUUGAACCAGAUUCACACUCCUCCGAUGAACAGCUUAUUUCUGACCCGGAAAUGGGCGAAGAAACACUGACAUUGAGCAACGGUAGCCCCAGAAGUAUUUGCAGUAAUAAUAGCAGAGGCAGCUUUAGUAAUGGUGGCAAUGAAAGUAGCAGCACCAUCAGCAGCUACAGCAUUGCAAAAUUGAAUGCACGUGAUGGAAAUCUCAAUUAUUUUGAAGUUGGGAUGGGCAUGUUUGGACUUACGAGAAUCACUUUCGAAGUGGGAGACGUCGAGAGCGGUUGCUUCGGGCGGAUGGAUAUUUCUCCAUCUGCCGACAUACAAUUUCCGCUUGCUGAACCAGUAUUUCCGCUGCACCAUCCGCGAAGUUACAUUUCUUCAGAUAACAGUCAUCACUUUGAAAAAGACACUGCCAUAUUCUCUGUGGAAGAAAACGACGUGUUACGUGAAGAAGAUAUGCUGAGACUUGCACAUAGCGCACCGUGUUCUCCGAAAAACGUGUUGUCACGAUCAGAAUUUCGUUCCUGCGGUGCGACGUUUAGAGUCCGCCAAUCUGCAAAGGAUGGGCGUUCUCGUCUGCAGCUUUGUCCUUCGGCACCGGAAUACCGAUCCGUCAGUAUUAAUAAGCUUUCGAAGGCGUUGAGCUUGAGCUCUGAUGCUUUACAUCAGAUCACUUCAUACCCACGGAACGAAACAAAAAGUUUAAGCACGACACCUGUUCAAGAAAUGCUUCAAGAUUCGAGUGGACUGAAACUCGAAGACCUCAGUCGUGAUUUCAUCAUGAUGAGUGAUUCAAAUGAUCCGCAGUAUCAUCAAGUUAAUGGGAAGGAAGCACAACCACGUCACCGUAGCAGACGCCAAAAUCUGACCUACUCGGCGCGAGUGGAACCAUUCGUUAGUGAGAAAAUGAUUGUCGCAUCAAGUUCAAAAGCUCAUUCGUACACAGGACCAGAACAACCGCACUCGAGUUCAUUUAAAACAUCUGGUGUGCAACAAGUGAUCGGCAUCGAAAAUUACGGCGAAGAUUCUAAAAUUGUUGGAAAUGAAAUCAUUGAAGAAGAUGGCUGUUUGAAAUAUCUACCAAUUAUGCGAAAAUACGGUGUUGAUGAAUCGGUAAAGUUGAAUACCAAAAUGAAGCCCUUACCCCGAGAGAAGUUCGUGAGAGAUAUGUUAAUUCAGCGAAAACGAACAUACGUUGAAGCUGUUGCUAGUGGUGAAGUUCAGAAAGAAUAUCAUAAAGUUACUAAAAAGCCAAAACAAACUUACGAAAUAUCAACACAUCCUACAGAACGAAUGAUGGCGAUAAAGCGAAAGAAAACAAUUGGCAAACAACUGGCUUCAGGAAAUCCUCUAUUAACUCUACCACCUCGUGUAAAGUCGGAAGCCACCAUUGCGACCAAUUCGAAUUUUCUGGCGCAACAGCUCCAAACUGCUGAUCACAUGAAUGAGGAUCCGUUUUACUCUAAUACAGUCGAGACUGGUUCUAUAUUGGAUAAACUACGAAACAAAUCAUGCACAGAGAUGUCGUCGCAGCAGCAAUCAAAUCUUGCAGCAGAUCUGAAUUCACAACCACAUAUAAGCACCUCUGCGAUGGCGCACUUGUCAGACAGCUGGAAACGUACAAUUGAGGCAAUUGAAGAACUUGCAGAAAUACGGCAAUAUUUGUUGGAGAAAUCAAGCAUGCCGGACACAUUACAGCCACCCCAACCGGUGAAUGCACCUGUUACAGAAGCAGCUUCACAGAAUUUGCCUACUUUCAGUUCUUUGCUGUCAGAUGCUGCCUUGAUGACGGCAAUUUCGCAACUGGAGGCAGCUACAUACAUGCAGUAUCAGUUAAAAAUUCAACAGAUAACUGCUUCGGCCGAGUCAUCAGAAUAUUUUUCGAAUUACAUCGAUUAUAUUAAAAUGCUUUUGGGUGUUCCGGUAUCGCAAAGUCAGUCACAAUCAUCAAAUUUAUUUGCUGCAGCAAAUGGCGAACAGCAACACCAUCAAAAUCUUCAAGAGUUACAACCACAGUUCCCAUUCCCAAAUUACUCCUUCCCAGCAACCUUUCCGGCUAAUAAUCCUUUUCUUGAUCGUAAUUUAAAUUUGAACAUCGGUCAGUGGUUCGAUUAUAUGCGGCUGCUUGCUAUACAGUCCAGUUCGGCAGGGCUUUGUAUGCCACCUUUCGCCACACCCAUGUGGAAUCCGCUCUCUUUGAUUGCACUGAAAAACGCAUGCGCAGCGGCGCCCAUAUUUUCGAAUUUACAGAAGGAGCUCACCGAUUUAAUGACACAACGCAAUAAUGCCAAUGUUUGCGGGAACAAUGGGGCACAAUGUCCAAAUUGUUCGAAUGUAGCAUCGAAGAGCAAUUUGCAUUCCGCACAGUAA